GAAUACACGAAUAAGUAUAGAGCUAGAUGUUUAUACGAUCAGGAAGUAUCUAGAUGCAUACUGUUGAAAAGAUAUGAAAAUAUGUGGACUACUGUCGUUAAUCUCGCUCUUUUUCUCAUUUCAGCUCAUGCAGAUGAUAGUAUCUUUGAAAUAUUGGGCGAGCUUGAAUUCGAAUGCCCACAUGGCUGGAUAAUUCACAAAGCCAACUGUUAUAAGAAAGUUGUUGUUGAGAUGACGUUCAACGAGGCGUCCACGACGUGUAAUCUGGAGGGCGCUCAUAUGCUGUACUUGGCGAAUGAGAUUGAAUAUGACGAGGUCAUAGCCCACAACGCGCCAGGAAUGAACAUAUGGAUGGGCUUCGAGACGAAUGGAACCCACAUUGGUCGUAACGUUACUGGUUUCGACACUCCGAGCGAUCGGAUUCCACGUUGGGCUAACAACGAGCCCGCCCCAAACAUGCACGGCGUUGACUGUAUUCUGGUCGACUAUAUGAAGGGGCUUAUGGUUAGGGCCUGCGACGAGUUGCAUCCUUUCUUCUGUAAAAGAAGAGCCUGUCUCAAAGGUUACAUGUCCUGCGACACGGCUACGAAGUGUGUUCGUGAGGUGAGAAAGUGUGACGGGAAACUUGACUGUUUGGACACAAGGGAUGAAUUGGACUGUCCUAAUGAUAUGAACUAUAUAGACGUGGAAACCUCGGGAACUUUUUCUACUCGCACCCUGUAUUCUGGUCAGCAAAGAAUUUGGACAAUGAAAGCUCCCAUUGGACGACGAAUUAAGCUUUACGUGCCCUCUAUGACUCUCGAAACGAAUGUGGCGUUUUUAGAAGUAUGGACUGGUAAUAUUACAUUUGCUGUUUCUCGGCUCAUAAAGAGGUUUACUGGAACUGUAAGUGCGGGCGUUUAUCUGUAUUCAGAUAACAACUACAUGACUGUUCGUCUAUACGCCAACAACCUUCAGCAAAACUUCGACGCAAAAACAUUGAGUUAUACCGCAGAUAAUACAAACAUAUAUCUUGGGUACAAGGACCUUGAUGCAACGGUCGUGUUGACUCCACUGAUCUUCCCUUACCAGGGAUUGGAAUAUAAACCAGAAGGUCUACACCUGCGUCGGAGAAUUACAGCUCAUGGAGGAGAUUAUAUUACAUACUAUGUUGAGCCAAUAGAUAAGACGAAACCCACAUCAGGAAAGAUACGCGGCGGGAUGACAUACCUAGAACCUGGUGAUGUCCGAGUGACCGGACGUAACGAACUGCAUAUCACAAUGGAAGGCGUUCCUGAAAAUCUCCAACUUAUGUACAAAUCAGGCUGUGGUGACAUUACGCUGAUGCAUGAGUAUGGUACAAUAAAACUGUUUGACGAACUGAUUCCAAACAAUGCAACGUGUACGUGGACAUUAAAAGGGGGAGAAGCAGUUGGUCGAGGACUGGCGUUAAAGUUCAUGAACGACCUGUACGACGAUCCUCGUACAACAUUGGCAACAAAGUCCAUGGAUAUCUUUACGAUUGAAGGCUCAGGAGGGACUAAGACUGGGGUGGAGAAUUAUCCUGAGAUGAUUUACCAUAGUUCGGAUGGUACCUUUAAAGUCACUUUUCAAUCUGAUGUUGCCCUUAAUUCAAAGAGUUCUAGUUUCGACUUCGGAGCAGACUGCCCAAUGCUUGAUGUUUCCGAGCAAACGAAAAUGAAUAAAAACACGACUUACUUUGAUGAAGAUGUCCUGUUGACAUGCCCUACUGGAUACGACUUUCACCUUGAGAAAUAUGCAUCCAGAACGUCGCUUACACUAAGGUGUACUAAAGGAUCAUGGUACAUUGAUGAUGAUAAACUUGCUGCAAUUCCAGAAUGCAAGAUGGUAUUUUGUGGCGCUCCUCCGAAAGUUAACAAUGCAUAUGUUACUUACGCCUCUGGCGGUUCAUAUAUGUCAGUCGCUACUUACGCUUGCAAUCCGGGAUUCAAUAUGGCGGGCGGACCAAAUGCAACCUGCAUGGAUAGCGGCGAAUGGGGGGGAUAUCCUUCAUGCUCUUCGACAAGCUGUAAUGCAUUACCGGACAACCUCGUACUAAACGGAAGGCUAGAAAUACGCGGAGGUAACACUUUCACUGGAGGGAACGCUGAUUUUGACACAGUUGUACAGUUUUUCUGCAAUGAUGGCUACGAACUGGUGGGUACAGUACGGACCCAUUGCAAUGCCAGCGGCUGGACACACGGGACUACUCCUCCGACUUGUCAACGACUAUCAUGUGAGAAACCAAGCUUGCCGAACGGGGUAUAUAAUCCUGUUGGAGAAAUACAAUUUGAAGACACUCUGACAGCAACUUGCAACGCAGGGUAUCAGUUCAAAGACAACCCAGGCAGCCUGUCGUUGACAAUGACCUGCCGAGCAGAUCAAACCUUUGACACAGUGGAUGAGUGCAUAGAUAUUGACGAAUGUCAAGCUGGCACCAGUGGCUGCGACCUUGACUCAACAGCAUGUAGGAAUAACGUAGGUGGCCGCGAGUGUAUCUGCAAAGAUGGCUUUAACAAUCCCACUGGGGAAACCACUUGCUCAGACAUCAACGAAUGUUUAGUAAACAACGGUGGCUGUUACAAUAUGGCCAACUGCGAAAACGCCCAAGGCUCAUACAGCUGUACAUGUCCCAGUGGUCACAAACUUUUUGAAACGAAUGGAGACCAGGGAUUCACUCUGCAAGCGUCCGAGACUGGACUUGGGGAAAACGAUAUGUAUCGAAUCAACCAUACAUGUGUCCCUUUGGAAUGUCCUGAGUUGCCGGGAGUCCAGAAUGGAUGGUACUUGACCAGUGAGACUCAGUUUCAUUUCAAUGAAGAAGUGGACAUUCAUUGUGCAGAUGGCUAUUUCUUUGCCAGUGACGGAACUAAUACAUCUAACACAGACGGCAAAUUAACAUGUACAGCUGCCGGAAACUGGGACAUAAUACCAUCAUGCUAUGCCCGGGAGUGUACAUUACCUGUUAAGCCAUUGAAUGGGAUGUAUGACACAGAAAAGGUAGCUUUUGGGGAACAACUUACGCUCACCUGUAACCUAUCUGAAUCAGAGCAGAUUUCUAGACAAGCUAUUUGUUUGUACAAUGGCACGGAGAAGGGAGUUGUGUUUGGUGGAGAUGAUAUCACCGUCUGUCCAGAAAUCAAUUGUGGAGAUCCUGACGAUGUAAUGCCACCAGCGGGAACCUACGCUGGCAACAAACCACCGACGUUCACCUACUGGCAAACAACCUCGCAGUUCACAUUUGAUUGUUCAGCUGGCUCUAGUGUCACCGGACAGUCCGAAGACGGUGACGUGAAUGUCAAGUGUAAAGCGAAUGGCCGAUGGAGUCUUAACUCGUUGGGAUGUCUAGGCGUGAUGUGCAUGGAUCCUGGAACACCAGGUGACGCCAAUCAAAUCGCAUCAAGUUAUGAAAUUGGUGCAACACUAGGCUAUGCGUGCACAAGAACAGGAUUUAAACCAACAGGGCCAGAAAACUAUACCUGUGGAUAUAUAAAUGGUGCAGCAGUAUGGUCAGACAAUCUGGACAACGUUCUUCCUACGUGUAAAGCUGAUGGCGAGCAAUGUGAGGACAUUUAUCAUAUUUGCUGCGGAAAUCCUUGCACAAACGGCGGGACUUGUGUGUCUGGAGACGGCCCAACGGAUUAUACAUGCACUUGUGUGACAGAUUAUGAUAUAUGUAUCAUGGAAACAAAAGCUGAAAUGAUGAUCGGGAAUGCCACUGGUCAAAUCGGGUAUUCUAUUGUUCAAGAUAAGGCGGAAUGCGAACAACUUUGUCUUGACGACGAAAACUGCAUAGAGGCGACAUUUUUGACAUCAUCUGGUGGUAUUUCUGCCUGUAGACUUUUCAACAUAGCAGCUUAUUUAAAACCCGCUACCAUUGCAGGAACAGUUCACAUGGCAAAACACUGCACAUCAGGAUUUACUGGAGAUAAUUGUGAGGUGGACAAUAUUGACAACUGCAACAACUCUCAGUGUCACGAGAAUUCGCGAUGCAUUGACAAAAUCAAUGGCUAUGAGUGUAUUUGCUCUUCAUCUGGAGGAUUCGGUGGUCAAUACUGUAACACUUCAACAGAUCCCUGUGAUGAUUCACCAUGCCAACAUGGAACUUGCAAAAGUUUUGAAAAUGUUCGAUAUGAAUGCACCUGCCUGGACGGGUAUGAUGGCAUCAAUUGUGACAAUAACAUAAACGAGUGUAACGCACAUCCCGAUGCAUGCAUGUAUGGUGGAACAUGCGUUGACCGUGUGAAUGGAUACCAGUGUAAUUGCAUGACCGGUUUCACGGGAGAACACUGUGAGAAUGUACCGAACUACUGCUUACCUGGUGACUGUCAAGAGGGAAACGUUUGCUAUACCAGUUUAGAUGCACAUGAUGGUGUUUGUUCAUGCGAUACUCGUUUCUUCGAGCCGGUGUUCAUCUGUGAUAUGCAAGAUACAACUGGAACAGGUCUGGGUGACCCUGUGCCUGAGGUUAUAGGUGGCCCGAGGAUUGUGCAAUCUAUUCAGGAAUGUAAAGACUUAUGUCAGUAUGAAACAAAUUGCGGUUACGCUAUAUAUCAAGAGUUUCCAACCAGUAAAGCAUGCAUUCUGUACCGAAGAGGUACAUUAAAUGAAACAGUCAACGCAGGAUCAACUCUUAUCAAGAAGGACUGCAGCACUGAAGGAACUCAUUAUAACUGCAAUAGAAAUUCAAUCCCGUGCGAUACAAUUGCUUGCGACAACAACGGGAUCUGCUCAGAUAACGGAUAUGUAGCUAUCUGCCAAUGUGCCGCGGGCUUCUGGGGUACUCGAUGUCAGUACAGUGUAGACGAUUGUGUUAAUAACAAUUGCCAGAAUGGUGCUGUAUGCGUAGAUGGCUAUCUUGACUUUACAUGUGAAUGUCUUGAGGGAUUUGAAGGUAAUCAGUGUGAGACCAAUACUGAUGACUGUCCUGGACUUUGUACCACUACACAGGGAUCAUGUGUGGACCUCGUUGACGGCUACAAUUGUGUCUGUAAACCUGGAUAUCAGGAUAGCAAUUGCGAGCUUGAAAUAGACGAAUGCCUCUCAUAUCCGUGUAAACAUGGAGCUGAUUGUGAAGAUAUGGUCAAUGAUUACUCCUGUAUGUGUGAAGAGGGAUGGACAGGCAAGAACUGCGACACGGAAAUAGAUCAUUGUAAAUCACGGACCUGUCAAAAUAGCGGACAGUGCUUCAAUCUACCGGAGUCAUCAUUUUGCAGAUGCGAAGGCGGUGCACUUGGGGAGAACUGUGAGAACGCAACAUUAGUAUGUGAUGUCAUGAGUGGAACUGACGUCUGUCAGAAUAGAGGUCUGUGCACAAACAAACCAGGAACGGCCUCGUGCGAAUGUCCUCCAGAUUAUGAUGUGCGGCGGUGCUAUUUUGAUGAAGGACGUGUCGGAAUUGCUGGAGGUACAAGUGAAACUUUAGAGUUGGUUAAAGUACAGAGCCUUGAUGAAUGUAAAACUAGAUGCUUAAAUAAUCCAAACUGCAGCGAUGUGGUGUUUGUGACUUUACCUAAAGACUUAUAUUGUUAUUUGUAUGAGCGUGAAAAGUUUGUGUCUACAUCAGAAGAGUCUACGAGAGUGCAUUAUCGAAGAAUUUGUCCCACAGAUUAUACAGGAGACUCGUGUGAACAAGUAAAGGAUUGGUGCUCCGACGAAAAUAACCCCUGUGAGAACGGAGGAGAAUGUACGCCAAAAGGACCUGUUGGAUAUACGUGCAUGUGUAAGCCAGGGUACAGCGGUGUUACGUGCAACAUUGACGCUGAUCCCUGUAGUACAACCCCAUGUGCGGGCGUAGCAAAAUGCCAGUCUACGGUAACGGAGCAUAUCUGUCAGUGUGAACAGGGUAAAAUAUUCACCGGAAGCCAGUGCAGAGAUGAUCCCACAAGACCAGUCAUUUUAGUUAACAAUUUAUUUGGUGUACUUGACGCGCCAACCCUACAAACACCAUUCCGUUGGACCACCCAAACGAUUUCUAUAAUGUUUAUGAUCAGAGUGCAUGCUAGUCCUGACAAUGAAUUGGCGAGUUUGUUGAAUAUUUACGUGCAAAAUUCAUUAAAUCCAAACUACCAGGAUUAUAUGUACUGGAUAUCCGUUAGUCGCAGAGGAAUUGGGGUUAAAACGAACAUGUCUCCUUGGUUGGGUGUCACGUUUAACGAAGAUUUUGGAAGUGAACUCGGGGAUGGGAGCUGGCAUCAUUUGGGUAUUGCAAUAAAUGAGAAUGGUAUGCUGUCGGCCACUUUAGAUGCUAUCACGAUAGACGAUGCUGUUGAAGUUGUAUCCCCUCCGGCGGGGGUAAAGAACGUGCAGAUAUCUCUUGGCUAUUUGAAUCUAGCCGAAUAUCAGGAUGUAUCUGUAUGGAACGUAACUUUAACGAGCCGCGAUUUCGCACUAGCGUCUGUUGGCACUCAACCAUCUGUUAAUCCUAUACAAGGAUGGUGGAACUAUGACCCUAAGACCUCAGGGAUGCGUCUGACAGAACGGUUGCCGCAUAAUCUUCUAGACGAUCCAAAUAUAAACUUCCCGCAGAUGAACUGUGAUGGUUUUGAAAACAUAAUGCAUGUGUCUGCUGAACGAGUUGUAGACAGGGAUACAUUUGUCGGCAAGAUUGAGGAGGUGAAAGAAAAUACCAAUGGAACUCUUACUUUCAAACACUCCCUUCCACCAAGUCUGACAUGGGGAUUCUAUGAAACAGUUAUUGUCGGUGUGAAUAGUAACACCCUCAACUACGGAGAAUGCAGAGUGCAGCUUGUGGUAAAAUAUAACGACGUGUGUCCAGCAGCUCGAUCAGACAACACCGAGAGUGAAGUCUGUCCUUCAGGUGCAGACGCCGUGUGUGAUCUCGCGUGUUUAGAACCAAAUAAAGCACUAUUUGCACCUGUUUCUAAAUAUAUAUCUUGUGGCACGCUUGGCGUAUGGGAUACAAGAAAACCGUAUGAUGAUCUCGUCCUUCCGGGAUGUACAAUCAGCGGAGACCCAAGGUAUGCAGUCACAAGCAUGAUGAAAUUUGAAACAGUGAUACCUUGUGGAAAUUUGGACAUAAACACCAAAGUUACCGACAGAUUGACCGAUGUGUUAAUGAACGACUUUGCACCGGUGACAUGUGUGAUAACCUUGCAAUCACAAAAGCAGCCUGCAUCGGCAAUACAAACACAUUUGAAGUUGUAUUCACCCUUACAUAUUCAAGCAAGACGAUUACUGCUAUUGGUGGUGGAGAAACGUCGGUGUUAGAUGCGCUCAGGAUUAUCAUUCUGUUAGAAAAAGAUUUGAGCAUGCAGGAAAUAGCUAGUGCAUCCUUACUUGAAGACACUGUUGAAAUCAGCAUGGAAGAAGUAUGUGGGGAUGGUUACGCACUCGUGAUGAGCGAUAACCCCAGAGCUUGUG